CUUUAAUUUCCUCUCUUCAGUCCACCACCACCAACUUCCGCGGUGGUGCGCCGCCGUUUCCGUCGGAGAAAUGGGUCAGGGGAUGAGCUGCAAUACCAGUGAGGAGCAGGGGCUGUUUGGUGCGGUGCAGUUAGGGGAUUUGGAGUUUUUUGAAGCCAUUUUGGAAAGGGAUUCAUCCAUCAUUCAUCGCUCGACCACUUGUGAUCGUAACUCUCCUCUUCAUAUCGCCGCCGCCAAUGGCCAGAUCGAGAUUCUAUCAUUGCUUCUCCAACGAUCCGUGAAGCCGGAUGUGUUAAAUCGGUACAAACAGACUCCAUUGAUGGUGGCUGCAAUGCAUGGAAAGAUCUCCUGUGUAGAGAAGCUGAUUGAGGCUGGUGCAAAUAUUUUGAUGUUUGAUACUCUUAAUGGAAGGACCUGCUUGCACUAUUCGGCUUACUAUGGCCAUUCUGAUUGCCUCGAGGCCAUUCUAUCCGCUGCUCGAACCUCCCACGUCUCAGCUUCGUGGGGCUACUCUCAUUUUGUGAACAUUAGAGAUAGCAAAGGGGCCACACCGUUGCACUUGGCAGCGCGUCAAAGUCGCCCUCGAUGUGUUCAUAUGUUGUUGGAUAAUGGAGCCCUUGUCUGUUCUCCAACUGGCCGAUAUAGCUUUCCUGGUAGUACUCCUCUUCAUUUAGCUGCAAGAGGUGGCUCUCUUGAUUGCAUCAGAGAAUUGCUAGCUUGGGGUGCUGAUCGACUGCAGAGAGACGCCUCAGGGAGAAUACCGUAUGUGGUAGCUUCAAGGCACCGCCAUGGAGAAUGUGCGGCUCUUCUGAACCCUUCAUCAGCAGAGCCUCUUGUCUGGCCGUCGCCUCUGAAGUUCAUCAGCGAACUCAAUCAGGAGGCGAAAGCUCUAUUAGAACAAGCCUUGAUGGAGGCCAACAGAGAAAGAGAAAAAACCAUCUUGAAGGGGACGGUUUACUCUCUCCCGUCGCCAUCAGCAUCCGACUCUGGAAUUGAUGACGAUAUAUCUGAGGCAAGCGAAACAGAUCUUUGCUGCAUAUGCUUCGAUCAAGUUUGCACGAUCGAGGUUCAAGCAUGUGGCCAUCAAAUGUGUGCACAAUGCACGCUCGCCUUGUGCUGCCACAAUAAGCCCAAACCAACAACCUCUUGUCCUACCGUGCCAGUCUGCCCCUUCUGCAGGAGCAACAUAGUCAAGCUCGUUGUGGCUAAGGUCAGGGUCGAGAAUGAAACUGAGCGUGACAUCUGCUCCUCAAAGCCACGCAAGUCUUGGAGGUCACGAAAUUUGAGCGAGGGAAGCAGCAGCUUCAAGAGCCUCUCUGCAGUGGGGUCGUUUAGCAAGAUGAGCCGGGGAUCAGGCAGGUUCGCUGCCGGGGACGAGCUUCUUGAUAAGCCAUUGAGCCUUGAGACUUAGAUUAGGCCGGGGAUCAAGAACUUGGACUGGGUGAAACAAGCUUUGGAUUGUCGAGAACUGCCAUAAGGGCAGGUAUACAUAGCUCUCUCUGCAUCUGCUUUGUAGAUUUGAAGACAAAAUAAGCAAAUGCAUGUUUGCAUGUUUUUGAAUUUGGAGGUUUAAUUGUUUCUGCUUUGUCACAUUAGUCAUUGGAUUUACUUCCAAAUUCAGGUUUAGGAAGGUAUUCUUUGGAAAUCUUGAUGAUAAUAUUCAAGAAUUGUCAUUCAUUUUUCUGCUGCUUUCCUUUGUAAAAUUCAUUUGUUUUAAUAGAAUGCGAGAAUUUGGAUCCAAAAUGAUGCAAUCAGUUGCUGUAUAUUUUGAUGUUUGUAUGAAUUUUGUGGGAAACCAGAGAUGAGAACAAAUGAAACUGAAUUUUCUAA